CUCCCAUUUGCAAUACCUCUGCAACGGAAAGCAGUGCUUCGCGGCCUUCGCCUUCGUAGUUCAGGGGUCUGCCUUGCGUUUUGCUACUCCGUUAUCUUUCUUCGUACUGUUCUUCAUCUUCUGCCGCUAGCGCGUUGCAUUGAUCCAGACUGCCAUGUCGUUCUUCAACUCAAUUGGACGCUCUAUGAGUCGUGCGCCUCGUCCCCCAAAACGCUCUACCACCCCUACGUCUUCGACGUUUCCAUCUACAGAGUCGCUACCUGGCACCCCAACAACGCCUUCGAUACCCAAGCCGCUAUACCUAUGCAGCCCAUUUGUUGAGGCCGCACUUGUAAAGGGCAACUUCAAGCACAUCGUGAUGCUGCCAAAGUAUGCGGACGUGAUGGAAUGGGUCGCGGUCAACAUAUUCGACUUCUAUCAGAAUCUCAACCAAUUCUAUGGUGUCCUAUCUGAGUGCUGCACGCAACAAUCCUGCCCGACAAUGUCCGCUGGAUCCAACUUGAACUACACGUGGAUUAACCAAGAUCGCAAAAGUGUCCAGCUCCCAGCGCCCACAUACAUUGACUAUGUCAUGACCUGGGUGCAGAAUUUGCUGGAUGACGAGAGUGUAUUCCCCACAAAGUCCGGACAAGACUUCUCUCCCACGUUCCCCUCGACCGUCAAACACGUUUACCGACAGCUCCUGCGCGUCUUUGCGCACCUCUACCACGCGCACUACCCGCAGAUUCUCCACCUCCGCAGUGAGCCACAUUUCAACUCGCUGUUCGCGCACUUCCUCGCCUUUGGCAAGGAGUACGAACUGCUGGAUAUCAAGGACGUGAAAGGUCAGCCUGGGUCCCCCGUAGGUGCCGGCGCGUUGUGGGAGCGAUGGAAGGAGAUGGGCAUCCUGGAGUCCUCAACGUGA